AUGCAUCCCACACGCGCCGUCCCGCCAUGUGAAACCCCAGACGUGUCGGGCUUGACAGCAACAACCACGACGACAGCUGCUCCAUCAAAAGACAAUGGUGAACUCCGCGGCUUUUUUGGCGAAUCGUCGACGAUCGCAUUUGUCUCAAACAUGCUAGGCAGUCCCCAAUAUGGCCCUGGAGUUCACCUGCUUAAUAACGACCCCGAACAUGGAAACCCAGCCUUGCAGGUUCCAUCCACAUGCGAUAUUCAUGAUAAGGCCCGCUCAGACAGAGGGGCAUCUACUUUCCACCUCCCUGACCGUCAUAUCGCCGACGGUAUUGUAGACGCUUAUUUUGAACGUUUCCAUCCCAUUUACCCUUUCCUUCAUGAAGGCAUUUUCAGAGCUGAAUACGAAGAGAUGUGGAGUUCGUUACCAGAUAGCCCUUUGCGAUGCUCGUGGUACGCCCUGUUAAAUAUUGUGUUUGCCCAUGGCUGCGAAUUUUGCGAUCUCGCUCCCAAGCGCGGGCUCCCGCAUGUUCGCCCUUUUGUUGACCGGUCUCGGGAAACCAUGUUGUCACACAUUCAUCAACAAAGCAACUUGGAGUUUGUUCAAGUCCUGCUUUUGAUGUCUCAUUAUCUCCAGGGUACGUUGGAACUCAAUGAGUGCUGGAACCUGGUUGGCUUGAUGAUUCGGACUGCCGUUAGUAUUGGCCUUCAGUUAAAUCCUGAUAAUCUGCAUCUCACGGCAACGGAAAGAGAAAUUCGGAAAAGAGUCUGGUGGGGCUGCUUCAUCAUUGAUCAGACGCUUAGUAUGAAACUCGGCCGCCCUAGAGCACUUCAGCUGGCGGAUGCAGAAAAUGUUCCUUAUCCUUCGUUAAUCGAUGAUCAAUAUAUUCACGACCGAUCACCUGUCUCUCGACAGCCUGUGGGCCGUCCUUCCUCAAUUGCGUUCUUUCGGCACACUAUCGAGCUUUCAAAGAUCAUAGAGAAAGUUCUCUCGCAUUUGUAUGCGGCGAGGAGAGUGAGAGAGAGAUAUGUUGCGGAUCCUUACGAAUCAACAAUACCCGAACAGCACCUCAUCCUCGCCACUGUCGUUCGUCUUGACGGGGAACUCCAGGCUUGGUGGGCUGAUGUACCCGUGCACCUCUGUGGAGACACAGAUGCUAUGGAACAACGGAUAUUUCGACGCCAACAGGCUGUCAUGAAGAUUAGAUAUCUUCAAAUCCGACUUCUUAUUCACCGACCUCUGCUACUCAUGGUCACCCAGCAAGAUAUUGGGGAAGACUUCCUACGAGAAGCUGCGGUGGCGGGCUCGAAAACCUGUAUUAAUGCCGCCUGUCGAACUGUGGGCUUAAUAUGCGCUCAAUACGAUAAUCAGCUACUCCAUUCUCUCAGAUACAAUCUCCAUUAUAUAUUCACGUCAAUAGGGGUAUUAGCUCACGUACAGAAUGUGGACAGACUGGGAUGGGUACAAAUGAAAGGUGAUGCAGAUACCAACGAAAUUGAAUACAGCUUAGGACACGGCAUGGAGUUCCUCAGAUCAGCUGGUCGAACGAACAAUUUGGCAUCCAAGUAUGCGUCCAUCCUGGAACGCACACUAGCCGAGACAAGAGAGACAACGGAUCCAGAGGACGAUGGGCGACACAAUCGUACUAGCCGUCCUCUGUCGCCACCGUCUUUUAAUCAGUCCCAGAGGCAAGGGCGCAAUUUCAGUGAGCCGUCCCAAAUGCCGCUGCAAGUUCCAGAGACAUACGAUAUUCUGGGUUAUGAGGAUUCUGUUCUCGGUGAUUGGUUAUCGGGCGAUGGGCUACUUGAGGGUGCCUUCUCCUCGGAUCAGUUCUCGGGAGCAUUUAUAUUAUGA